AUGUACAAGAUGGAUUACUCCUACCUGAACUCGUACGACUCCUGCAUGGCCGCCAUGGAGGCGUCGGCGUACGCGGACUUCAACUCCUGCAGCCAGAGCAACACCUUCCAGUACAACCCCAUCAGGAGCAGCUUCGGCGCCAACCCGGCUUGCCCGCCGCUCAGCACCGCCAACUGCACGCUCGGCGCCCUCCGGGACCACCAGCCCUCGCCCUACGCCACAGUUCCCUACAAGUUCUUUUCGGACCCCUCCACCAUCAACGAGAAAAGGAAGCAGCGUAGGAUCCGGACCACAUUCACCAGCUCGCAACUGAAGGAGCUGGAGAGAGUCUUCGCAGAGACCCACUACCCUGACAUCUAUACCAGGGAAGAGCUGGCCCUCAAAAUAGAUCUCACAGAAGCCAGAGUGCAGGUUUGGUUCCAGAACCGCCGUGCUAAGUUCCGUAAGCAGGAGAGGGCAGCCAAUGCCAAGGGCCAGGCUGGCGCCAACGGCGGCUCCUCGGCCAGCAAGAAGCCAGACCCCCGCUCCUCUUCGGAAGACGACGAGUCCAAGGAGUCCAACUGCAGCCCGACCCCAGACAGCACGGCCUCUCUGCCCACGACCGGCAACCUGAACAGUCCUGGCGGCAGCUUGAGCCCAAGUCCUGGCUUGGGGCAGCAAGGCAUGGGACCUAGUCAUGCUGCCCAGGCCCUCAAGGGACCGCUGUGGGCUGGGGUGACUACCAGCAAUGGAGCCACCAACACCGCCGACCUCCUGAAGGCCUGGCAGCCGGCUGAAGCCAUGCCAGGACCCUUCUCUGGGGUCCUUUCCUCCUUCCACAGGAAGCCGAACCCCCUCAAGGCAAACCUGUUCUAA